UUGCACAAUACAUUCUACAGGCCUUUUUAUAGCUCCAUGGUCAUACUACCAGUCAAACAGGAUACAGACAGGCUUUACUUUCGGAAAUCCUUCAUGCAGAAUUACUGUUUCGGGGAAGUGGAAGGCCUGUAUCUUUCGUUUUCAUAACGGACCGACAUGCCUAUAUACCCGGAUUCAUAGCCCUUACACAUUCAUUAUUCAUUGAUAGAAACCGACCAAAAUCACUUUCGGUAAAGAACAUAAUGGCUCAAAUGGAAGUGAUCUCCAGCUAUUUGACCAUCGAAUCAUCACUGGUCUAUUUAGGAGUUUUCGUCCUUGUCGUUUGGCUUCUUCGAAGACCAAGGAACCUGCCUCCCGGGCCGACUGGACUACCUAUCAUCGGCUACCUCCCAAAGUUAGCCCUGCAAGGCGACGAGUACAAAUCCCUGGCCCUGCUCGCCAAUACCUACGGGGAUGUGUUCAGUUUGAAUCUGGGCGGACAGCUGGUGGUUGUCCUAUGCAGCUACGAAGCCAUCAAGAAAGCCCUGGCCCAUCCAAAUACCAGUGACAGACCACCGACGACUUUCUACAGCAAGGCCACACCGGACAAAGACGCUCUGGGUGUAGGUUCAGCAUCCGGACAAAGCUGGACUGAACAGCGCAAGUUCUCCCUGAACGUUCUGAGGGGUCUUGGUGUCGGAAAAUCAAGCUUUGAGGAUGCCAUUGCUGAUGAGGCACGCUACCUGAUCGGAGAGAUGAAGAACCACAACGACAUCCCCUUUGAUCCGACGAAGUUGUUAGGAAAUGCCGUCUCAAACGUCAUCUGUUCCGUAACCCUCGGUAAAAGAUUCGAGUAUUCUGACGGCAAGUUUCAGGAGCUUUUGAGGAUGAUGAACAGGAACUUUGAGAUCGUUGGCGGAGGGUCUGCGUACCAGUUUCUGCCAAUCAUGCAGUAUCUAACAUUCACACCUACCUUCAAAGAGCUGCGAUCCAACUUGCACAAAAUUGUUGGAUUUCUGAAAGAAAACGUCGACGAACACCGUCAAAAUUUGGAUCCGGAUAAUCCCAGAGACUUCAUGGACGUCUUUCUCGGUGAAAUCCAGAGCAACGAGGGGAAUAACAUCAAGAGUCACAUCUCGCCCAGCAACAUGCUGCUGACUGUCUUCGAAAUUUUCGUUGGCGGGACAGAAACCACCACCUCCACCCUCCGCUGGGCCUUGUUGUAUAUGCUGGCUCACCCGGAGGUUCAGAGCAAAGUCCAGCGAGAGAUGGACGAGGUGGUCGGCCGCAACCGUCUGCCUCGCAUCGCCGACAAGCCCAAGUUGCCGUACACGGAGGCGACCAUCAUGGAGGUGCAACGCAUCGCCAGCGUGGGAGCACUGAGCUUGCCUCACAUGUUCUCGCAAGAUACGUCAAUCUUUGGCUACGAUAUCCCCCGCAACACCAUUGUGAUUCCGAACCUGUGGGCAGUUAGUCGAGACCCGAACCUCUGGCCCGAACCGGAGAAGUUUCGACCGGAGAGGUUUCUGGACGGGGAUGGAAAAGUGAGGCGCCCUGAAGAACAUCUGCCUUUCUCCACAGGUCGUCGAGUAUGUCUGGGGGAGCAGCUGGCUAAGAUGGAAUUGUUCAUCUUCUUCUCUUUCCUCAUGCAUCAGUUCACCUUUGAGAGACCAGAGGAUGCCCCGCCCAUUUCCUUCAAAGCAGUCAACGGCUUGACUCUAACACCCACUCCCUUCGAAAUAUGUGCGGUACUCAGGGAAUGAAAAUUUGUAAAUGAGGAACACCAUUUGAAAUCACAGAGUACGUUAUAUAAAUGUAUGCAACAACAUCUCAUUUGUGCACACAAAAGGUUCGGGGCUUAUUGUUUUAAAGCAUAGGAGCAUAAAUUACAGUCCUUUUUUAUGGUUUUACAUAAUUAUCAUGACAACAUAGUUUAGUUUUGGGUGUCUCUCCAAUUCAAUCAAUUACUUCAGGUAAAUAUGUUAAUGCACGGACUUACAAAGUUGACAACUUAUAAUAAAAUGGUUAAAGUGGUAAAAUAAAGCAAAAGUUGACACACCGGAAUAGAGUGGUGUUCCCUAACGUGGCGCACUUCGAAAUUUACCCCGACUUUCCACAUCAGUGUUGCCAAACUUCUUU